AUGAGUAAAUUUGUUUUCACAAACAUGGAUGGAAACUCUCCUCCAGCUCCUCAAAAGAAGACCAUGAGUCAUGAAAGUUGUCACAGAUUCUCCAAGUUGCUCCUCACCUCAUUCAUAAUAUUGUUACUGAUGUUGAAAAUCUUAUUCGCCAUUGCUCUGAUCACUUUGUUUAAAAAGUAUUCUCAGCUUCUUGAUGAAAAAGCAAUUACAAAAGAACUGAAUCACACUGAUUUGGGGUGUACAAAACAGCAUUCACUCUUGAAAGACAAAGUCUGGAGCUGCUGCCCAAAGGACUGGGAACCAUUUAGUUCCCACUGCUACUUCAUUUUUACUGGCUCAGCAUCUUGGAGAGAGAGUGAGGAGAAGUGCUCCAGCAUGGGUGCUCAUCUGAUGGUGAUCCACAGCCAGGAAGAGCAGGAUUUCAUCUCCAAGAUCCUGAAUCCUAAAGCUGCUUAUUAUAUUGGGCUUUCAGAUCCAGGUCGUCAACAGUGGCGAUGGGUUGAUCAGACACCAUACAAUAAAAGUGUCACAUUCUGGCACUCAGGUGAGCCCAACAACAACAACAACGAACAAUGUGUUACAAUAAUCAUCGAUAUUUUAUUUGGGUCUGGAAUGACGUCCAUUGCAGUCAUGAACUUAAGUUAG